CCAUGCCCAAGAGAAAGGCUGAAGGGGAUGCUAAAGGAGAUAAAGCCAAGGUGAAGGACGAACCACAGAGAAGAUCUGCAAGGUUAUCUGCUAAACCUGCUCCUCCAAAGCCAGAACCCAAGCCUAAAAAGGCCCGUGCAAAGAAGGGAGAGAAGGUACCCGAAGGGAAAAAGGGAAAAGCUGUUGCUGGCAAGGAUGAGAAUAACCCUGCAGAAAAUGGAGAUGCCAAAACAAACCAGGCACAGAAAGCUGAAGGUGCUGGAGAUGCCAAGUGA